AUGUGUCAUAAACCUUUGUUACCUGAUGAGAUGGCUGCUUAUGUGGCACUCCCAUCACCACAUGCACCUCACUAUCGCCACCAUCACUGCCCUCAGCCGCCACCACCCACCUCCAUCGCCAUCUGCCAUCACCACCCACCACCAUCGGCCACCACCAACCUCCACCACGAUCAACCAUCACCACCAACCACCAUCAGCCGCCACCUACCUCCACCGCCAUCAACCAUCGCCAUCACCAUUACCACGUCACAUCCAACUCCACUACCAUCAUCAGCCAUCAGUCGUCACCAAAAAGCGAACCAAACACCCAAAUUAUCAAAAAAAUGGAUUAGCUACUAUCAAAUUGGCAUUUAA